AUGACACCCGACGCCAGCAACACCAUCACUCACCACCCCUCCGUCUAUCACCUGCAGCACCUCGCGCCAAGCAGAAGCAGUUCCCACUCACCCUCGCGGCAUAACCACCACAUCAAUCACCACCUCCACCACCCCCGUCACCAUCAUCCUUCCAGCCACCCUGUGGCCGCUAGCACCGCCGUAGAGUGUGUCUCGACAUCGAACCUUGAGCAAGAUGCCGUUGAACGCCACCAUUCCCAGGCCACAGACGUUGAAAGCCAAGUAAACUCGAGCCACAACUCCCGACUUCCUCACCUCAGCGUCGAAAGCGACCCGUAUGGACUCUCGUCGUCCUACAAGACCGAAUCCGACCUGGACAAGAUCAAGGCAAACUCGUCCCGCAAGAGAGCCUUGUCCCGAACCCACGCCGCGUCGUCCUCUCAGAAUCCCGCACCGAGCGGUGACCGGCCGGGCCCGAAGCGAGAUGCCCGCAAGCUCCGAGGCUUCUACGAAAACCAGAAUGCCGCCAUCGAACGCAUGCUCAAAUCAGUCGAGGAGCACCGCGCCGAGGCCCGUCAAGAAUACGGCGACGGCCAGCUCAAGUUUCGUAUCGCAAUCUACGGAUCUCUCGCGGCCAAUAUCGUCUUGACGGCUCUUCAGCUGUAUGCUGCCAUCUCCUCGGGCUCGCUCUCCUUGUUUACCACCAUGGCCGACGCCAUCUUCGAUCCGCUUAGCAACCUGACCCUCAUCUUCUCCAACCGUGCCAUCGAACGAGUGGAUCCCCGCCGUUUCCCUGCUGGCAAAGCUAGGCUCGAAACCGUCGGCAACAUCGUCUUCUGUUUCCUCAUGACGUCUGUAUCUCUCAUCAUCAUUGCAUUCGCAGCUCAGGAGCUCUCCGGGGGGAACAAGGCCAGGGACUUCCACCUACCCUCCGUCAUAUCCGUCUGUGCCGCUUUCCUGACCAAGUUCUCUCUUUUCCUCUUCUGCUGGUCCAUCAAAGACAAGUACAGCCAGAUCAACAUCUUGUGGCAAGACCACCGAAACGAUCUCUUGAUCAACGGAUUCGGUAUUCUGACGUCGGUAGGCGGUUCCAAGCUCGAAUGGUGGCUUGAUCCGAUGGGUGCCAUUCUGCUCUCCCUACUCGUCUCGUUCAUCUGGCUGCGCACCGCCUUCAAUGAAUUUCUCCUGCUAGUAGGUGUCGUGGCGUCCGUGGAUAUGCAGCAGCUCAUCACCUAUGUAUGCCUCACACACUCCCCUGUUAUCCAGGGAAUCGACACAGUGCGAGUGUACCACUCCGGUCCCAGACUCAUUGCCGAGGUCGACAUUGUCAUGGAUCCCUCUGGAACCCUGUCAGAGACUCAUGAUAUUGCCGAGGAGCUUCAGUUCAAGCUGGAGAGCCUGCCAGACAUUGAACGGGCUUACGUUCAUAUUGAUUAUGAAACUACGCACAAGCCGGAACACGCAUACAAAAAGGAUCUUUGA